AUGGUAGACAGCAUGCUCUCAGCUGAAGGUACUGUGUUGGGCCAGUGUCAGUAUUGCAACAGUGAGGACGCUGUUGUUGAAGGUACUGUGUUGGGCCAGUGUCAGUAUUGCAACAGUGAGGACGCUGUUGUUGAAGGUACUGUGUUGGGCCAGUGUCAGUAUUGCAACAGUGAGGAUGCUGUUGUUGAAGGUUCUGUGUUGGGCCAGUGUCAGUAUUGCAACAGUGAGGAUGCUGUUGUUGAAGGUUCUGUGUUGGGCCUGUGUCAGUAUUGCAACAGUGAGAAUGCAGUUGUGCAGUGCAGAGAUUGCCUGCCCAGGCAUCUUCUCUGUGCCUCAUGUGACAUAGCCACCCAUAGCACCAAGGUUUUGCACAACAGGGAGUCUCUGUUUGAAGGGUUUUAUCUCCCCUUGUCCCCAACCACCGUAAUUCAUCAGGAUGAUGAGGGGUCCCUUACCUUCCAGGAGCAAGGUGUGUGUUUAUUGUUUAGGUGAUUCAAAUUAAACCUGAUAGCACCUCCUGCAAUACCAACUUUUUAGUCAUGCUGCACAAUUUUCAAUGCAUCAGUAUUUACAGUCCAAAUAUAUAGAACCAUUUAUUUGUGAUUUUCUUUUGGGUGUCACAUGUUGGUUUCUAGUUUGUGUUUUGCCCAUGGCUGUGCCACAGCUGUGUGGUUGCGCCCCCAGUGCCCUGACAGUGAUGAGUGGCAAGCAGGUAAUCCUGAUUGGAAUAAAUGGUAUGUGUGUGGUUUUUAAGGACAUUACUUCUAUUCACAUGUUUUUAAAGAAUGUAAUUAAUUACUUCCUAAUAAUUACUCCUGACUCAGGGCGCUACAACCUGUCCCUUCCUGCUCUGAACUGCUCCGGGUGUCUGAGACAUUGGACAGUGGGGCUGGACGAACUUGUAAAGAGUGGUGACUGGCCAGCCACCUUGACUCACCAGACCAUCUUCACAGUGGACCUCUUCUAG